AUGAACGCUCUUCGGUCCAGUUCCACCUUUGCGCGCCGGUCUCUUGCGACCCCUCCCUCCGCUCUCUCUUCUUCCUCUCGCCUUCUCUCUUCUCACUCCUUUACUUCUGCUUCCUCCCAGCGAUCCAUCUCUUCCGCUUCUCUCGCCUCGCGCACUAACCGAGUUGCUGCUUCUGCCCGCUGGUCCGCAUCGCUCCCUUCGCUGAACCCGACCCAAGUCCGCACUAUGGCGUCCGAGAGCAAGAUCAAGGUCAAGAAUCCGGUGGUGGAACUGGACGGUGAUGAGAUGACCCGUAUUAUCUGGAAGGAAAUUAGGGAAAAGUUGAUCUUGCCGUACCUGGAUGUCGACCUGAAGUACUACGACCUGGGUCUGGAGUACCGCGAUGAGACCGAGGACAAGGUCACGGUCGAGGCCGCCGAGGCCAUUAAGAAGUAUGGUGUCGGUGUCAAGUGCGCCACCAUCACCCCCGAUGAGGCCCGUGUGGAGGAGUUUAAGCUGAAGAAGAUGUGGCUCUCCCCCAACGGCACUAUCCGUAAUAUCCUCGGUGGUACUGUGUUCCGUGAGCCCAUCAUUAUCCCCCGCAUCCCCCGUCUGGUACCUGGCUGGAACAAGCCCAUCGUUAUUGGCCGUCACGCCUUCGGUGAUCAGUACCGGGCCAGCGACCGAGUUAUCCCCGGCCCCGGCAAGCUCGAGGUUGUUUACACGCCGACGGGCGGCCAGCCCGAGAAGGUUCAGGUGUACGAGUUCCAGGGCGGCGGUGUUACCCAGACCCAGUACAACACCGAUGAGUCGAUCUCGGGCUUUGCCCACGCCUCGUUCCAGAUGGCCCUGAUGAAGGGUCUGCCUCUGUACAUGAGCACCAAGAACACCAUCCUGAAGAAGUACGACGGUCGUUUCAAGGAUAUCUUCCAGGAGAUCUACGAGAAGGACUACCAGAAGGAGUUCGAUGCCAAGAAGAUCUGGUACGAGCACCGUCUGAUCGACGACAUGGUCGCCCAGAUGAUCAAGAGCGAGGGUGGCUUCGUCAUGGCCUUGAAGAACUACGAUGGUGACGUCCAGUCCGACAUUGUCGCCCAGGGCUUCGGCUCUCUCGGUCUGAUGACCUCGACCCUGGCCACCCCCACGGGUGAGGCCUUCGAGUCCGAGGCCGCCCACGGCACCGUGACCCGUCACUACCGCGAGCACCAGAAGGGCCGCGAGACCUCGACCAACCCCAUCGCCUCCGUGUUCGCCUGGACCCGCGGUCUGGUGCAGCGCGGCAAGCUCGACAACACCCCUGACGUGGUCGCCUUCGCCGAGGAGCUCGAGCGCGCCUGUGUGGAUGUUGUCAACGAGGAGGGCAUCAUGACCAAGGACCUGGCUCUGGCCUGCGGCCGCAAGGACCGCGAGGCCUGGGUGACGACCAAGGAGUACAUGGCUGCCGUGGAGCGACGAUUGAAGGCCAACCUCAAGUCCCGCCUGUAG